CCUCUCUUACUCUGUGUCUCUGUAUCGCUCUGUCCUCCGCAGCUUUGACUCACUCAGCUACGACCAUCCCUGCCACGCUGAGCAGCUGAACCUGGCAUCAUGUCCUCCAACCUUCCCCCAGGACCCGCCGGGGGGGCCAAAAACAAGCCGCUCUCCCCCUUUAGGAAGCGAGGCAGCCUGCAGUAUGCAGCCGGCACAGCUGAUCUCCGCGGUGCCCGCCACCUCCUCACUUCCCAGCAUUCCUUGCCUGGGAUCCCUGUGGCCUUGAAACAGUCCAUCGACCUGCGUACAUCCAUGGACGGGAAGUACAAAGAGAUUGCUGAGGAGCUGUUCUCCCGCACCAUGGCCGAGAGUGAGAUGCGCAGCGCGCCUUAUGAGUUUCCAGAAGACAGCCCCAUCGAGCAGCUGGAGGAGAGACGCCAUCGCCUUGAGCGUCAGAUCAGCCAGGAUGUCAAGUUUGAACCCGAAAUCCUCCUGCGAGCCAAACAGGAGUUCAUGAAGACUGACAGUGCCACAGACCUAGAAUACAUGAUGGAGCAGAGCCAAUUCCCUGAUCUGCAGGAGAGAGAUCCGGUUCCAGAGAGAGAGUACCAGCGAGUCUCUAUUUCUGGAGAGGAGAAAUGUGGGGUUCCCUUCACAGAUCUGUUGGAUGCAGCCAAAUGUGUGGUGAAGGCUCUGUUCAUCAGACAUAAGUACAUGGGUCUGUCGCUGCAGAGUUUCUGCAGGACGACUGCACGCUACCUGCAGGAGCUGAGUGAGAGACCUCUGGACUUAGACUAUGAGGAGGACAUCCCAGAGGCCGGAGGCUAUGCAGAUGGCUCAAUGCACCCAACCAUUUCUAAAACGCACCCCUAUGAGAACCAGGACCCUGCCAGCAUGCCCCCUGAUAUGGGCUACGGCUGCAAGAUGGUGGAUGGUGUCAUGCAUGUGUACACGACGAAGAGCAAUAUGGAAAAGAGCACAGAGCUGGACCUGCCGUACCCCGACCUGCGGGAGUACAUCGGUGACAUGAACGUCAUGAUGGCCCUCAUCAUCAACGGACCAGUAAAGUCCUUCUGCUACCGUCGUCUGCAGUAUCUUAGCUCCAAGUUCCAGAUGCACAUCCUGCUGAAUGAGAUGAAAGAGCUGGCAGAACAGAAAAAAGUCCCACAUCGAGACUUUUACAAUAUCCGUAAGGUAGACACACAUAUUCACGCUUCGUCCUGCAUGAACCAGAAGCACCUUCUGCGCUUCAUCAAAAGGGCGAUGAAGAAGUUUCCGAAGGAGAUUGUGCAUGUGGAAAAAGGAAAGGGUCAGACGCUCAUGGAGGUGUUUGAGAGCAUGAACCUGACGGCCUUUGACCUGAGCGUGGACACUCUGGACAUGCAUGCCGACCGUAACACUUUUCACCGCUUUGACAAGUUCAAUGCCAAAUACAACCCCAUCGGCGAGUCCAUCCUGAGAGAGAUCUUCAUCAAAACAGACAACCACAUUGAGGGGAAAUACUUUGGCCACAUUAUUAAGGAGGUGAUGGCUGACCUGGAGGAGAGCAAGUACCAGAACACAGAGCUCCGGCUCUCCAUCUACGGCCUCUCCAGAGACGAGUGGGACAAGCUGGCCCAGUGGGCUGUCAAACACCUGGUGUACUCCAGCAACGUGCGCUGGCUGGUGCAGGUGCCACGACUCUUUGACGUCUACCACACAAAGAAACAGCUGUGCAACUUCCAAGAGAUGCUGGAGAAUAUAUUUACACCUCUGUUCGAGGUUACAGUCGACCCUGGUAGCCAUCCAGAGCUGCACCUCUUCCUACAGCACGUUGUUGGUUUUGACAGUGUGGACGAUGAGUCAAAACCAGAGCAACAUAUCUUCAACCUGGACAGUCCGCUGCCAGUCAACUGGCGACAGGAGGAAAACCCACCCUACUCCUACUACCUCUACUAUAUGUAUGCAAACAUGACGGUGCUGAAUCACCUGCGCAGACAGCGAGGGUUUCCCACGCUUGUUCUUCGUCCUCAUUGUGGGGAGGCGGGGCCGAUCCAUCACCUGGUGUCUGGUUUCAUGCUGUCAGAGAACAUCUCCCACGGGCUGCUGCUCAGGAAGGCUCCUGUGCUGCAGUAUCUGUACUACCUGGCCCAGAUAGGUAUUGCCAUGUCCCCUCUCAGCAAUAACAGCCUGUUUCUCAGCUACCAUCGCAACCCUCUGCCAGAGUACCUGUCCCGAGGCCUCGUGAUCUCUCUGUCCACAGACGACCCUCUGCAGUUCCACUUCACAAAGGAGCCCUUGAUGGAAGAGUACAGCAUUGCCGCUCAGGUGUGGAAGCUGAGCUCCUGCGACAUGUGUGAGCUUGCCAGAAACAGCGUGCUGAUGAGCGGAUUCUCUCAAAAGGUGAAGAGAUCCUGGCUCGGCCCACAUCACCGCAAGGAGGGGCAGGAGUGUAAUGACAUCCGGCGCACCAACGUUCCUGACAUCCGCGUGGCGUACCGCUAUGAGACCAUGUGUGAGGAGCUGAAUUUAAUCACACAGGCCAUCCGCACAGACGAGCUGGAGACCAUCGAGGAGGAGGGCAGUCUGUGCAUGGGAGCAGUGCAGGGAAGCAAGUGAACAUGCAGCACAACAGAGACACAUUUCUCACUACAUUCCCUGUCUUUACAUCAGCACUUCAACAUAUCUGUGAAAAAGGAAAGCAUUGUUACAAGAAGAUUAUGAACGUUGCUACUGUGGCAGUAUGAGAGGACCUACAAUCUGUGUACCCAACAUGUUUACUUCCUUUAGCGUCCUGUGUCAUUCUAUAUUUUACUUGUCACAAUUAUUUCACAAUGUCUCUUAAUGUAUUUCCAAUUUAAUUAUUAUAUUUUGUCAGAGUUUCUGAACUUCCUGUAGCCAGCAUUGAUUAAUAAUAAUUUAAUUCAAGAUUUACCAGGUUUUGCAACAACAUUUGUUUUGACAUGUGAUGCAAAACAUUAGUAAAGAAUAUGUAUGUUUAGGUCAAGUUAGAUUCACAAUGCAUGAAUUUGGCUGGUUGACAUGUUGAAGUGUUACUUCUCACAGGACAAUAGAAAAAUCCUCCAUAUUCCUUCCUAAUGGUAAUGAUUGUAAGACAUAUUUCCCACAGGUGUUCUGUGUCAUAUUGCAGUUUGGGUUUUGUUUUUACAGUCUCUACAGUUAUUCAGUACAGUUGCAUGAUGGCAAGCCAAUAUGUGUUCCUGUGCAGUAUUGCUACUCAUUUGUAGCUUCUUAUUAUACUCUGAUUUUGUGACAUUGUUUCUGCUUUCAAUAUAUACAGUAACUCUGAUUUAAUACCAUUAUGUCCUUUACAUGUACACGGAUAUUCUAAAAUGCAUACAUUUAUGAGUCAUAGUACAGUAAUUUAUGCAUGAUAUGUUCCUUCAGUUUUCAUUCAUGCAUGAGACCAACAGUGCAAUUCAUGAUAAAAACAUUAUUUUGGGGAGAAUUGAAAGUUGUCUAACUUGACAAACCCUUUUUUACCUCCUGCCUUCAGUUGUUGUCAUGAUGUUAUUUGUAGGGGUCUCUGGUUGCUAUUGUAAGCACUACAGUAUGUGUCCCUCCCAGAGAAAUAUAUGUGAUGUUUGUGGAAUAUUAUUUUAAUGCAUUUGUGUCUAAGAAAAAUAAAUGUUGUUCACACUGGA